AUGGGACAUGCUGCCAACACCCGGGCCAAUCCUAUCUGUCUUCUACUUAAAGUAAUCUUCACUCACUCUGGUGGUCUUAGCGAUGUGAUCCAGACAUCAAGCUCACUGCUGCUUUGCCCUCUGCAUCACUUAGCUGGAGAGAUGGUCAGUUCUGCAGUGGCCCAGGAGGCUGUUAACCAAGUCUUAUCAAGAAUCAAGGAUGGUUGUCAGCAUAAGUCAGAUGCAAAAGAGCACAUUGAGAGGAUGGAGAUGGCACACAUCAAGCUGGAGGCCGCCCUUGAGACCUCCAACAAGUGGAACGUCACCAGCGCGCCACUGCUGCGUUGGCCAGGCCCGUCUCAUAGGGAGGGGCAGUUCCCCGUUCGGCCGCUCCUUGAUCUUGACGCAGCAGAUGCCGGACCGAAGACGGUAACUUGGUGUAGGCAGCGCUUGCAAGAAGAGGAAGAAGUACAGCAAGUGCUAAGGAGCUCCUCCUUUCCGAAGAGGAUCGCUCAUACUGCCAGGUCGUUUGUUUCCUUAAUCUUUAGUCACGGUAAGGAUGAUGAGCUGACAGGAUCCACUGCUACCCGGCGAUUUGAACGGUUUGCCGAAGGUGCGAGCGAAUUCUUGAGGUAUGUAGAGCUUGGUGGCACACCAUGCAGAUACAUGUUUUUCGACCCUUUGAUACGCCAUCUUCUCACUGGAAAAGGAACUAAGUAUUGCUUUGUUAGCAAGGGUCAACAUCUCUCAUUUCUUCUACAACCCUUUAGUCCACUACAAGAGCAUGGGAUGGAGGGUAACCUAAUAUUCUUACUUGAAGAUGCCAAUGCUCCAGAGAAUAAUUUCCUUUUUACCCUCCAAUUACGGCUCUCUGAGAGUACAGACAUAGUUGGUGUUGCAGUCAGAUGCCUGAACCUGUUCACACCUCACUUAAGGUCAACAACCGAGACUGUGAAAACAAAGCUCACCCAGCUAGGCGACAUUAUGAUACCAAAGGCAGUAGAUUGCCUUCGCAGGGAUGCCGCAGCUACCUCAUAUCAGAUUAUGUGGAAGUCCAAGCAUGGCAGGGCAUACCUUCAGUUUGGGAAGACCACAUGGAGAGCAACCGCUCAAGAAGACCGAGGUAGAAAACACCAUAAACGAUUGCCGGGCAAGAAGGUGCUGGGAUGGGCCAGUGCCAACAAUGAGUUCAUCUGCUCGUGGAUUAGACAUGCGCCUGUCCAGUUGCAGAGCUCAGUGGUGGACUGGAUUCAGAAAGGAAGACAAUUGCCGCAACCAUUAUUAUUGAAAACUUCCUGCUUCCAUGACUGUCCAAUCAUGUUGUUUUCUUUGAAAGAUCACAUUUCUUUGGUAACGACAAUCAAGUCGUCCAGCAAGUUCAAUGGCUGA